AUGGGAACCCUCAAUGUGCGGGAUGGUAUCUGUUCCCAUAUAUCGAGAGUACAGACGCCGACAGGUCGGACUCUCAUGCGCUCAAAACGAAUCUGGUUACCCGAGGAAGACAAAACAAUUGUUUACCUCCGAAACCAGGGAAGAGGAUGGCUCGCCAUCAGCAAGCAUCUUAAUGAGAGAAGUCCAACUGCCUGUCGCCUCCGAUAUCAAAACUACUUGGAACGAUGGGACACUUGGGAUGAUUACAGCAAGACUCAGUUAGCGCAACAGUAUCUGAAACACAAAUCGGAGCUGUGGCUCAAGGUAGCCAAGCAAAUGACUGUUCCUCCGCGCGCAGCAGAGGGCAUGUUUUGGGAGCUCGCGGAGAAAGAGAUCGCUAGUCGCGCUGGCAUCGUUCACCCAAGUCGUCUCAAACAUUCCCCAUUGAGCGUUGAAUUCAGCUCUAAGAGAAUUUCCAUCAAUGGUAUAUUGAAGAGAAGUGACUUGAUCAAUCACAACGUCAAAUCAACAACUCAGCUUCCAUCGUUAAGGGAAGUUCUUUCUACCCUUUCUCAAUGUUCAAUGGUCACAGAACUUCCCGCAAUGCAGUAUUCGUUCGCCUGA